AUGGCCUAUGAGACAGAGGAUCAUGAGAUACAAUACUGCUUUCCUGCCAUCAACUCAUCAUGUAUUAAGGGAAAACACUCAAGUCAUGAAUCCAAUAUCAUGUAUAUGUUUUUUUCAUUGCUGUCAGCAUGGACUGUGUUUCUGAACCUGCUGGUGAUCAUCUCCAUCUCUCACUUCAAGAAGCUUCACACUCCAACUAACCUCAUCAUUCUCUCUCUAGCUGUGGCCGACAUGCUUAUUGGACUUUUGAUGCCCUUAGAGGCCAUGAGGCUGAUUGAGAUCUGCUGGUACUUUGGAGACACUUUCUGUGGACUGUUUUUGGCAAUAACAGGGCUGCUUAUUUCAGCAUCUCUUUAUAAUUUGAUUUUAAUUGCUGUUGAUCGUUAUGUGGCCGUGUGUCACCCUUUACUGUACCAACAAAAAAUAACUACAACUAAAACUUUUAUUAUCAUAUGUGUCUGCUGGGUGUGGUCUUCAGCAUACAAUAUUUCUUUCAUAACAGAUAACGGAUAUUUUGAUCCAUCAAGAAGAACACAUAGGUGUUAUGGAGAGUGUCCCUUUAUGAUUAACUCUGCCUGGAGUAUGACUGAUCUGUUCUUGUCCUUCCUUUUUCCUUGUACUGUGAUUAUAAUUUUAUAUCUGAAGAUAUUCUAUGUUGUACAUCAGCAAGUGAAAGUCAUAAACUCUCUGAUGAAGAGCGGUAAAUGUGUAACGGAGGGUUCAUCUAUGAGGAAAUCUGAGAGUAAAGCUGCCCUGACAUUAGGAAUCAUUGACACUGGGAACGCUCUUCGGAGGAGGAUCAUAGAAUGCUGCACGGAUCAGGAUUUCUGUAACCGAGACCUCCAUCCGACGCUGCCUCCGCUCCAGAGCUCCGGUAAAACACAGCAGCGUUCAUCAAACCCCAUCAAACACACCAUAACCACUUUACACACAUCUGACAUCUUCCUUAUGCUCUCAUGA